AUGGAACUCGCCCAGGAUCCCGAGUACGACCCUGGUUUCCUGGGUCUGUACCAUGGAGGCCGCUCCAUCAACAUCUGCAAGUGCGGCAAACGAACCUUUCGGCCGAGAGGUAGUGGCGACCACUGGAUCGCUGGCCACAAAUUGGCCAUUCUCUUAGACCUGGAUGAGGGGAGCAUGCAAUGUUUCGACGAUUUGAUCCCUUUUGGACCCAAGCAGGACCUGCCCCGGGUGCCUUUGUGGCCUGCGGUGGUCUUGGGCCGCGCUGGCGAGAAAGUGAGCGUGUCGGUGAGCUGCGUGUGA